GGAGAACACGACGGCGUCCGUCGAAGAAGACCGCGUUCCCCGGUUGGAACCGAGGUCUAGCCUCUCUCUCUUCCUCUCUUUUUACUCCUCUCACACACACACACUCUUUCUCUUUUUCUCUCUCUCUCUCUCUCUCUCUCGGGCGCGCGCGCGCGCGCGUAAAUAUCUCCACGACCCUGACGAAGUGGAGGCAAGAGAGUGGGAAAGAGAGCUGGGGCCGUCAUAAUUCCUUGAAUUGAACGGCGGGUUAUUCUCUACCAAGGUUACCAGGGGACGAAGCGGGGCAAGGCGGAGAAUCGAUAGGACGACAAGGACGCCGUACGUACAGAGAGACGGGCAGAGGUUAGGUUGGCUGGCGAAGAGGGGGGCGCGAGUUCGUGGCGUCCCUGCUGGCCGCGCCACCGUCGCCGUUAGAUUUGUGGACCGCCGCGGCGGGGCGCGGCGUGACGGGGUGCGCCCGACGAGAGGGGAGCCGACUUUAUGCAGCUGCGGGACGAUAACAACGAUGGGCUACAGGACCGCCGCUAUAGCUGGGGAAAUGCCAAAUGGGCUACAGGACCGCGCCGGCCUAGCCUGUACGUUCGCCCGCCUCGCGUAGUGGCAUGGCGGACGGCCCAGCACCGAGCAGGCAGGAAAGGCGGGAAGGAGGGAUUUCAAGCGGUCGUCUCUUCUGCCUCUGCCUCUGCGCUACGACGAACCCAGCCCAGCCUUGCUCGGCGUUGAGGUUCCGUUGGCUUCCUACGGAUCCAACUUCGCUCCUCUCUGUGCAGCGCCGUCCUACUCACUCUCUGUCUCUCUCUUUCUCUCCCUGUCCCCCGGUUAGGGAUGAAGUUUUAGCCACGUCCUUGUCCGCCCUUAUAACCUUGCCGACGGAGCCUCUUUGGCCGCUAGUCAUGCCAACCAACCGCCGCCGCCGUCGCCGCCGCCGCGUUUCUCGCCGUUGCUUCGCUUAUCUCCUAUUUUCACUUAUUUCGAUAUUCGUUAUCGAGCCUGUAUUACCUGCACUUACGACUAACCUGUCGGGAGCUACAGAUCUCCCGGCAUCACCGGACCUCCAGGGCUCGUACAUUGAAAAUUUAAUGAAAGCUCGGAACAUGGAUUGACGCGUUCGAUUCUCUAUAUUACCUAAUGCCAAAAUCAAACGCUCUGCGGUAUUUCGUUUCCAAUAUACUGCAGUCCAGACACUUCUUCCUCUUCUUCUUCUUCUUCUUCUUCAAUUAUUUCUGUGAUUCUCGGAAUAAUCCGACUUCUGCUUUGCUCGGUCCAGAAUUUUGACUUCUAUGCGCUCGGGAAACGAUUUUAGAACCACUCCUGGAACCGUUUCGUCAUACCUAGUUCAGAAACCUACCGUGGAUUCGUCAUUGACCGAACUCGUUUUAUCGUAGUAGAUCGCCGAUAUGGCGCGUGCCAGUUAAUUAGCUUUGAAGGAAUACUGGGUCAAUAAUCUCUUCAUCCCAAUUGUUUAUCAUAUUC